UACAUUUAAUGUUACAAAUAACUUUUAACUCAUUCGCGCACUUUCUCUCUCUCUCCUCCACAUUCAUCAAGCAUUUCCAGAUAUUAUCUUGCCUCCAUGAAGUUUCAGAGGAUGUCUUGCAACAGUGUCCAUGAUGCAUUGAGUUCUGAUGACAUCCUGUGUGACAUCCUCCUUCGAUUGCCACCAGAAUCUGUUUUCAAAUUCAUAAUUGUGUCAAAGAGGUGGCUUAGGUGUAUCUGCAGCUAUGUUUUUCGUCACAGUUACUUGAGACGAUGGAAAGUAAGUUCUCGCCUUUUAGGCUUUGUUGUCUGUAAUUCCUUGUACCUUGGAAGACGUCCAGGUGGCCUACGUCGCACCCCAUCAGAACCUGCACUUCCUUUUUUGUCAACUUGUCAAGAGGGUGAUGAUCUAAAGUAUUCCGGAAUCCUCAAACGGCUUGGUUACUUCAUUGACUCUUCCAAUGGCCUACUUCUUUGUGGCCGCCAUCCAAAGACCUACUAUGUUUGGGAUCCAGUUACCAAAAAACAGCACAAACUCCCUCACCCGCGAGUUUACUUUGAAGAAUUGUGCAUGGCAUUCAUUGCUGAGGACUCUCCUGAUGAUUCUAUAUGCUACAAGGUCAUUCGUGCAAAAUGUGAAUGUAAACUUAAUGAAGUCAAUACUGUUACCAUUGAGACUUUCUGUUCAAAGACUACUACAUGGUAUUAUUCAAUACUCACUUGCACUUCAACUUUAUCAUUAUGUCCUUGGACAGUUGCCACUGUGAUUAGAGGUGUCAUACACUGGUUUGCGAUGCGGGGAAAUAUAGCCAUUUAUGACCAGGAACAAGAAGAGAGGCAUAUUGCUGUGAUUCAACUUCCGGGGUCAUAUGACUUUGAUGAGCAAAUUCUUGGUGAGUCUUCUGAUGGGCUUUUGCAGUAUGGUAUAAGUUGUAAGUCAGGUAUGGAGAUAUGGGUUCUUGAAAAAGAAAUAGAUGAUCACACAUCCCUUUACUCAAGCAAUGCAGACUUCAAAACUAGAUGGACCUUGAGAUAUAGAUUGAAUUUCAAAACGAUGUGGAAGAAGAAUCCAAGUGUUAUGACAGCCUACAGAACAUGUUCUAAAUCUAAAGAAACUCAGAUACUGUCAUUUCUUUCUCAGAAUUCAGAAUCCGUUUACAUAAGAUCUGGAGAUAACAUAUUUCUUUGUCAUCUUCAGAGUAGAGAGGUGGAAGUGGUCCAAUAUGAUGGUCGUGGCUCCUCCAUUUUAUGGGAUUUCAGCAAAGUAGUGCCUUACUUCAAGCCAGCUUGGCCACAUUCUUCUUUCCUAUAACAUGAUUAUCAUUCAUGGUUGUGGCUUCUGUUUAGCAUUUCAUAUGCUCAAAUGAUACUACAGUUGAGCUUCUUCUGCUGUUAACUUUUGAUGUUCAAUGGUUGAUGUCAAUAUAUGUUAGCUUUUCCUGUAAAGUAGAUGUUGCUGUAGUUUUAGGCAUCCUUGUUAUGUGUCUCUGUGCUUUCCUUGGAUGGAUUCAUUGUCUGUAGUUAUUCUACCUGCAUCUGCUUUAUUUCGACUUCAUAUUAGCAACUGAAAACAACUGGAAACAUAUUGUGGUUGUCACUGAUAAUUGUAUUGGCUUUGGCACUAGUCACUGUGAAUUCUUGGUUUCUUUUAAGUUAAUACUUUUUCUCGUUUUUUAGACUGUAAAAUCAACUAGGUUGCCUUUUUUCUA